CUUGCGAUUACGUGGCCAUAGAAUUGCUUACUCCAUUGCAUGUGGAAAAUCUGUUUGAUGAAGUGAAGUCACGCGUUUCACACUGGCCCUUGUUGUCGUUUUGGUGCUUUGACGCAUUUCAAUUUGAAUGCGUAUGAAGAGGUGGCUUUUGUCUUGCAAUUGUACAAGUUCUCUGUCGGAAAUCCUAGCCCUUCUUUACAAGGAAGGCUAUGUACAUCCAAUGAAUCCAGCAAGUGUAUCUUAAAAAAUAAUUAUGAAUAAAUGGAAUUCACCGAACGAAUAAUUUUCAUCAUAUAAGGUCGAACUUGCUUGCUUGAUUCAUGUGUCAAAACCAUUUUCUAAAAAUGGGUUCCAUAGGAAACCUUUGGUUUCUUGCUCUUGUCCUCCUCUCAACCCUCUCACUGCUUUCAGCCACUGGCAAGAAAACUUACAUAGUCCAUAUGAAUCAUAACUUGAAGCCUCUCUCACAUGCCACCCACCAUCAUUGGUAUCAAUCACUCACCUCCACCUCUGAUUCCAUCCUCUACACCUACACCGCUGCAUUUCCUGGCUUCGCUGCCUAUCUCGACCCUGAAGAAGCCGACUCUCUUAAGAAAAUGGAUUCUGUCCUCAAUGUUUUCGAAAGUAGACUCCGUUCCCUCCACACCACCCGCAGCCCAGAAUUUCUUGGUAUCCAUUCCAACUUCGGCUUGGGUGAUGGUCGUCAAUUUCAAGAAAUCGAACAAGCUGCUCACAAUGUCAUUAUCGGAUUUGUUGAUACUGGCGUGUGGCCAGAGUCUAAAAGUUUUGACGACACGGGCUUGCCGGAGAUCCCAAAACGAUGGAAAGGAAAGUGCUUAUCUGCGAAGGAUUUCAAUCCAAAACUCUGCAAUAAAAAGUUAAUUGGUGCACGUUAUUUCUUAAAAGGACUCGAGAAGGAAGCUCCUGGUGAGGAGCCUCUCUCACCUCUGGACUAUAAUGGGCAUGGAACGCACACCGCUUCCACAGCUGCAGGGUCCCCUGUGGCGAAUGUGAGUGUUGGACGUUAUGGUAGUGGCACCGUCAGGGGAAUGGCUGUACGUGCCCGGGUGGCAAUCUAUAAAGCAUGCGGAAAUAGAGGUUGUGCGGAUGCUGAUACUUUAGCGGCAAUUGAUAGAGCCAUUUUAGAUGGCGUGGAUGUGAUCUCUAUGUCAUUUGGAAAUGACACUGGCGUUCCAUAUCAUGAAGACACGAAUGCUCUUGGCGCAUUCCAUGCAAUGCAACAUGGGGUUUUUGUCUCUGCUGCUGGUGGCAAUUCAGGAUAUAGGAGAUCCCUCAUGGGAAACAUGGCUCCAUGGAUGUUGACAGUCGGUGCUGGGAGUAUAGACAGGGACUUUCCCGCUUAUAUUUUGCUUGGAAACAAACAGCUAUUCAGAGGUAUAUCUAUCUAUGAUGGACCAAGAAUGGGGAAGAAGCUAGUGGGAUUAGUUUACAAUAAGGGAAACAAUAGUUUGAGCAAUUACUGUUCGAAGGGUACAGUUGAACCAGCAUUGGUGCGUGGGAAGGUGGUGAUAUGCGAUGCAGGAGAAUCGACAUCUGUAGAGAACGGUCUAAGAGUGCGCAAGGCUGGUGGGGUUGGGAUGAUAGUAGUGAACCCAUUUGCUCUCAAGGAACUGUCAGUUGAAAAUGAUUUGGUGCCCACAGUGGCAAUAGGGACCAAAGUGGGCAAUUUAAUCAAAGAGUAUGAGAAGACUAAUCCAAAUCCCAAGGUCAUACUUGGGUUUGGUGGGGUGCAGGUAAACGUAAAGCCGUCACCGAUGGUGGCUGAGUUUAGUUGUCGAGGGCCAAAUCCAGUGACGCCACAGAUCCUGAAGCCAGACAUUAUAGCUCCUGGAGUUAACAUCAUGGCUGCAUGGCCUGAAGCCGUAAGUCCUUCUCGUUUAAAGAUGGACAAGAGAACCGUUAAGUUUAACUAUAUGACAGGCACAUCCAUGGCAUGUCCACAUGCAAGUGGAAUAGCUGCAUUGAUCAAAGCAGCACAUCCAAGUUGGAGCAUAAGUGCAAUAAAAUCUGCGAUGAUGACUACUGCUUACAACUUAGAUAACACAAAUUUCCCAAUAAGAGAUGUUGCAACAGGUAAACGAGCCAACCCAUGGGAUUUUGGCUCUGGUCAUGUGAACCCAGCAAAAGCUUUCUCUCCAGGCCUUAUCUAUGAUAUCUCUAAACAAGACUAUGCAAAGUUCUUCUGUUCUUUGAACUACCCACUUGACCAAGUCAAACUAAACAUCGAUUGCUCAGAAAAGUUUGCUGAUAUUGGUCAGCUUAAUUACCCAUCCUUUUCAGUCUUCUUUACUGGAAAUAGGACGAUGGUUCAGUAUUCUCGUGAGUUGACCAAUGUAGGCCCUGCUAAUUCUAUAUAUGGAGUUACUGUAGAUGCACCACCUUCUGUUGCUGUGACUGUGAACCCAAGAAGGUUGGUUUUUAGAAGGGUUGGAGAAAAACACAAGUAUACAGUAACAUUUACAGACAAAAGUGACAAGAAGUCUAAUGUUCAGGCUACGUUUGGUUGGAUUAUGUGGAGCAAUAAUGAUUACAAAGUUAGAAGUCCUGUAGCAUUUGCAUGGCCGUGAAUCAGUUGUGACGAGGUGAACUUUUGUCGAUGGAAAAAGAAUAAGAGAGUUCAAGAUAGAUGUGGCUUGAAUAGUUGUAAAACCAAAUAAUAAAACGUUAAGCUAGACUCUCUUUCUCUUG